CCGCCCGCCUUCCCGCCCAGCAAGAGCACGUUCCCUUUCGCCAUUGGAAGACUUUGAGUUCCAAGCUUUUUCCUGCUCACACAGAGCCGUCCCUGCCCCUCCCGCCACCCCAUGUACAUUUUCGGAGAUGUAGGAUAGUAAUUCUAGACCCUCGGUUGCAUUUCUGUUGGAAUUUUUCUGGAAGUUGGAAUCUGGCAGUUUAAACAAAGAAUUUUUUUAAGAAAAAUAUUAGUAUAUUUGAUAGUCCCCAGAUUAGGUUAAAAGCCUUAUUCCCAAUAACUGUAAUUUUGCAAAGACAUGUUUUUGGUGUAAAAAGGUAUAGAUAUGGGUUGAUGAAAAGAAUCAAACUCUGAAAAAUAUUUGAAGAGAUUUAUUUUGAGCCAGAUUCAAGUGACCAUGGCCAGUGACAGUCCUCAGGAGGUCCUGAGAACAUGUGCCCAAGGAAGUUGGGGUACAGCUUGGUUUUAUCUAUUUUAGGAAGGCGUGAGACGUCAAAUACAUUUAAGAAAUACAUUGGUUUGGUUUAGAAAGGCGGGACAACUCAAUCGGUAAAUGUAAACGUUAUCUGGUUGAGGUUGUCUAAAGACCUGGGAUCGAUAAAAAGGAAUGUUCAGGCUAGAGAUAAAGGAUUGUGGAGACCAAGUUUUAUUGUGCAGAGGAAGCUCUUAGAUAGACUUUAGAGAGAGCAGGUUGUAAAUUGUUUUAUAUUGGACUUAAAAGGGUGCCUGGCUCUUAGUUGAUUAUCUCCUGGAUCUGGGAAGGAAGGAAGGAAAACAAAGGGAGAUGGGAAUUCUCACCAAAUGCAGAUUUUUCCUGCAAGAGACUUUGCAGGGGAGUUUUAAGAAUAUUGAAGGAUGUUUGUUCCAAGAUCUCUAAAAAUCAAGAGGAAUGCUAAUGAUGAUGGCAAAAGUUGUGUGGCUAAGAUAAGUAAACCAGACCCAGAAGACCUUCAGUUGGACAAAAGCAGAGAUGUUCCCGUUGAUGCUGUAGCUACAGAAGCAGCCACAACAGACAGGCACAUCAGCGAAUCAUGCCCUUUCCCCAGCCCAGGUGGCCAGUUGGCAGAGGUUCAUUCAGUAAGUCCCGAGCAGGGUGCGAAGGACAGCCAUCCUUCUGAAGAGCCGGUUAAGUCAUUUUCCAAAACACAGCGCUGGGCAGAACCGGGGGAACCCGUCUGUGUUGUCUGUGGUCGUUAUGGAGAGUAUAUCUGUGAUAAGACAGAUGAAGAUGUGUGUAGUUUGGAGUGUAAAGCGAAACAUCUUCUACAAGUUAAGGAAAAGGAAGAGAAAUCAAAACUCAGCAAUCCACAGAAGGCUGAUUCUGAGCCAGAGUCUCCACUGAAUGCUUCCUAUGUCUACAAAGAGCACCCCUUUAUUUUGAACCUUCAGGAAGACCAGAUUGAAAAUCUUAAACAGCAGCUGGGAAUUUUAGUUCAAGGGCAAGAAGUCACUAGGCCCAUUAUUGACUUUGAACACUGUAGUCUCCCUGAGGUCUUAAAUCACAACUUGAAGAAAUCAGGCUAUGAGGUGCCAACCCCCAUUCAAAUGCAGAUGAUUCCUGUGGGACUUCUGGGAAGAGACAUUCUGGCCAGUGCAGAUACUGGCUCAGGAAAAACAGCUGCUUUUCUUCUUCCUGUUAUCAUGCGAGCUUUAUUCGAGAGCAAAACUCCAUCUGCGCUCAUUCUUACACCAACCAGAGAGUUAGCCAUUCAGAUAGAGAGACAAGCUAAAGAAUUGAUGAGUGGCCUGCCACGCAUGAAAACUGUGCUUCUUGUAGGGGGUUUACCCUUACCCCCACAGCUUUAUCGUCUGCAACAACAUGUUAAGGUUAUCAUAGCAACCCCUGGGCGACUUCUGGAUAUAAUAAAGCAGAGCUCUGUAGAACUCUGUGGUGUAAAGAUUGUGGUAGUAGAUGAAGCUGAUACCAUGUUAAAGAUGGGCUUUCAACAACAAGUGCUUGACAUUUUGGAAAACAUUCCUAAUGAUUGUCAGACCAUUUUGGUUUCAGCCACAAUUCCAACUAGCAUAGAACAACUAGCAAGCCAGCUUCUGCAUAAUCCUGUGAGAAUUAUCACUGGAGAAAAGAACCUACCCUGUGCCAAUGUACGUCAGAUUAUUUUGUGGGUAGAAGACCCAGCCAAAAAGAAAAAAUUAUUUGAAAUUUUAAAUGAUAAGAAACUCUUUAAGCCUCCAGUGUUAGUAUUUGUGGACUGCAAACUAGGAGCAGAUCUUUUGAGUGAAGCCGUUCAGAAAAUCACGGGGCUGAAAAGCAUAUCUAUACAUUCGGAGAAGUCGCAAAUAGAAAGGAAAAACAUAUUGAAGGGAUUACUUGAAGGAGACUAUGAAGUUGUAGUGAGCACAGGAGUCUUGGGACGAGGCCUAGACUUGAUCAGUGUCAGGCUGGUUGUCAAUUUUGAUAUGCCUUCAAGUAUGGAUGAGUAUGUCCAUCAGAUUGGAAGAGUAGGAAGAUUAGGUCAAAAUGGAACAGCGAUUACUUUCAUCAAUAAUAAUUCAAAAAGACUCUUCUGGGAUAUUGCAAAACGAGUAAAGCCCACAGGAUCCAUUCUUCCCCCUCAGUUAUUAAAUUCCCCAUACCUUCAUGACCAGAAGAGAAAGGAACAACAGAAAGAUAAACAGACACAGAAUGAUCUGGUUACAGGAGCUAAUCUUAUGGAUAUUAUCAGAAAACAUGAUAAAAGUAAUUCUCAGAAAUGAUUUUCUCUGCCACUUGAAUAUUUUUUUUAUUGUAUAUAGUCAGCAAAAAAUUAUUACUUUAUGGUUUGCAUAAAUGGAAAUGUACAUGAAUUUUAAAAAAUUUAAGAUAUUUUUAAUUUAAUAAAAUUUAUAUAACUAUAUUGUAUUUAUUUCCCUUAAUUCUUAUAAAUUAAAAACAUCAGAAAAUGAAUUAUUAAAUAAAAGACAGUGUUUUCUUUUCUGGAUGAAGUUUCUUUUUUCUUUUUAAAAUAGAUAGUCCUCAGAGCUACUGUCAGAACCAGAAACCUCCACAAAGACUCUGACUCGGAUCAGU